AUGCAUUUUUGGAUCGACAAACGCUCUCAGCAAUGCGGUUUCGGCAGAUCUCGUGUGGCAGCUUCGCUCACAGGGGCCGGUGGAUCUGGUGUAGGUCUGAGUUUUGGACAUCCACCGCGACGCAUAAGUAGCGGAAGUGGCAGCAAAGCGAGUAGCAGAAGCACACUACCAGACUGUCAUCACAGCAAUGCGGCAAGCAGCAGCGGCAGCCGAAGUCAUCAGUAUCAACAUCAGCAUCAGCAUCAACAACUACAACAUCAGCAGCAGCAAUUGCAGCAUGCUAGUAACAAUAACAAUUUAAAUGGUGGCAACAAUUAUCAACAAUCACAUACGCACAGUAGCAACAAUAGCAAUUAUACAAGUAACAGCAACACCGCCAAUAUCACCGCCAACGCCUCCGUUACUGGCGCUACAAUACAAUCUACCACCUCCGUGACGCUCAACAACAAUCCCCACCAGUACGCUUAUCAGCAGACGAAUCACCACAGCAGCAGUUCAAUGCAGAGCCCCCAUGCGCCCGGCGGCAAUAGCAAUAUUGUGAACAACAACAAUGCCACCACUUCUACGUCCACGGCAACAGCAGCCGACGUACGCUGUAUUGCGCCCGCAACGCAUAACUUUAAUCAACGCGGUGCUGCAUUAUUGCAAAACAAUGUUGGCGCGCAGAGUGCGCCGCUCUACCACCAACAGGCCAAUCAAUGCUACGAUAUGCGCAGCUAUCACCAUCCUCAGUUUGGGAAUAUGUCGGUGCGGCACUACCAAUAUCCCGGCAGGAAUUGCAAUGGCCCUACGCACGCCAAUGCAACCUCCGCCGCCGCACACUCAUAUCGCAGUGGUAUUGGCAGUAAUAGCGGCACAAGAACAAUUGUCGGUGCUGCAACUGUUGCUCCUUCAAUGUCCAAUAUGCAGCACAUGGACCAAAUGGUACAUCGACAACAACACGGUUACAGUCACGCUGCAUCAACUUCUGCUCAGUCGAAUGAGUCGAUCAUGGGCGGUUCUGCGCCCAUUUCCACCAACACUACGAAUACUGCAAGUUACGCAGUUGCCAAUACAGCGCAUCGCUAUAGCUCUGCCGCCAUCAAUAUGCGCACCAGUAACAUGACCGUGGAUACAGGCGGUGGUGAUGCUCAACUACUACCCUCGCAUCUCAAGUGUGGCAUGUGCGCUUCUUUGGUGCUGGCUUCCGUGUUUGUGGCGGGCGCAAAAUUUUAUUUCGAUCAUCAGGGCACUGGCUUGGAGGUAUUGAUAUUUUGCGCUUUUUCCGCUACCUUCUUCUUGGCAGCUUGCACAGUUUCACUCUGUCGGGUACCGAAAGGGCUGCUACCGAGUGGCCGCAAUGCUGUGCUGGGCGCUCAACAUCAUGCGGAUGGCGAUAGUGGUAUGAAUUGCGCACGCGCUCCAUAUGGUAGACGCGAUAUGAUGAACAGUGAUGGUAGUGGUGAGUUAGUUGGCUCGGAUGAUAUACAUGGCGCGCCAUUGUGCGGUCAGCUGCAAUUGAUUGAGGACUCGGCAAGUGCUGGACCACCACCAUAUCAUAUAGCAAUCUACUUUCCGGAGACAGAGAAUAGUGGCAAGCGAAAAGAGGUUCCAAUCGAUGAUGAAUCACCGCCGCCGUCCUACGAUAAAAUACUUAUCUAA